AUGGCUGAGGAGGAGGCAUCAGUUGAAGACUGGCGAGGGGCCGUUGCGGAGCUCAAGCAGGUCGACCAGACCAUCGAGGAGCUCCGCGAGGAGCUCCGACAGUUCGAGAUCCGUCGGGGCAUCAUCGCCAAUAGGGAAGCGCUGCUUCGCCAAAGGCUAGCAGACGCUGGCCAGGUCGUGACCCCGCCGGCCGGAACCAAUGAAUCCACCAAAAGUACUUUUGGAGGUGCAAGUGAAGAAGCACCCUCUGAGGCGAGUCCGUCGCGAGAGCCUGUGAUGUUCAACAUCGAUGACGACGCUGGCUAUCCGAAGAUCACGCGACCUACUUCACUCGAGGACUGGGAGCAGGGGCUCGAAAUGCUUAAUGCAGCCGGGCAAACGCGAGAUCGAGCAGCCAGCCUCAGGGCGCAUUGGCUGAUGAAUGGCGGCAAGACAUCGGGGAAUUCUCCAGUCAGGAGAUCUUAG